AUGUGGAACCCAUGGCAGUUGUUUUACCGUACAGCUCUUGGCUGCAUGAUUCUGGAAAUAUUUAUUCACAAUGUUGCACAAGGUAAGAGUUUUUCUUAAAUGUUUUGCUACACAGUUCUCGCGAAACGUGUCUUGUAAUGGCCUAUAAUGGCAGUAUUCCACGGGAAAGUGCUGACUAGUUUUAGUUUUAGAAGGCAAUCGCUCGAUAGGUGUAUUAACAUCGGGCCAGUUGUUACAGUAGCCGCGAAUUCCUGCAACAAUGUUGCCAUACACACUCGAAAACUAAAUACCCUGUUGUGGUUAUCAAUCUUUCUCUUUCAAAUGUUUGACAUUAUUGUCACGUUGCAUUGAAGUAUACAUCAUAUAUAUUAUAAUUAUAUAGCCUAUUUAUAAACGGAGGUCAUCAGUCAUAGUUCUUUAAUCGCUUCAAAGGUCUAUGUUUCACUCUGACGUGUAAGAAAUAAUUCAAGACUAAAUUGUAAUUUGCCAUAUCCCACCUGAGUUUCAUUGGCUGGUAAUCAAAUGUCAGGAAUGAUCAAAUAGAAUCUCUGGAACAAUGUUGGUUACUUUUACUUUUGCUACUUUCAGGUCUGAAUGUGUGUAUGAGUGGCAGCGCUAUGUCCUGUGAAGAAUGCCUCCUCAUCCACCCGAGCUGCGCCUGGUGCGCGCAAGAGGUAGGGCAUGUGCCACAUUCCUCCAACGUGUUGGAUUUACAGUACACCACGUGGUGGUGACACUAGUAAUCCUCACACUACAUUUCUAAAUGUGACAUACUGAACCCAAUAGCUGGCUGAGUGUGAGUGAGGUGAGGGCUCUCAUAUGGUUGUGUUAUAUUACAUAAGCUCAGGCUUGAUGAUGGCAUGUUGUUUCAAAGAGCCAAAACAUGUCAGUGUACCAGUGCAGUUCUGGAACCAUAGUUGAUCUCUGUGCAGAGUGGACUGUCUCCACACCUCCUUCUAUUAUGGAAGACCUAGAACUAAAAGAAGAAGAUAAAAGAUUCCCCCCUCCUUUAUAUUACCUUACAAUACUCAACUGAAGCCAGGGCUGAGUCAGACCAGUGUGUACUAACUCCACUGGAUGACAGGUGCCAUUUGUUUUGUUCUUCCCUCAGGAGUUUGGCAGGGCGAGGACCCUGACGUCACGGUGUGACCUGCGUCAGAACCUGCAGAAGAGGGGCUGUGAAGCCCAUCAUAUGGAGAGUCCGAGUAGCAGCACCACGGUAGUGAAGAGCGAACCCCUCAGCUCCAAAGGCUCCGGGCCUACCCAGUAUGAUGUCAUCCAGAUCAUGCCUCAGAAGAUCUCCCUCAGUCUCCGGCCAGGUAAUCCCCCAGUCCUAGCCAAGUAGUCCAGUCUGUUUGUGUCAUGUAUGGCAUGAAAACAAUAGAAGUGACCUACUUUACAUACAGUAUGAGGGAAGCCUAGUCCACCAUCUCUGAGCGUAAUGUGCUGCCAAGGCAACAGAGUUUGAACCUAAGGAUGUGGAGAGUCCUGAGCUGUAUAUAGAACAAAAUAUUAUAUUGAAAACAAAAAUGUAAAAACAAUUUGGGUGCUGAUUGAUUUGUCAACCUAUCAAAGCAAUGACAUGUUAUCCAUGUCCCCUCCCUUCCCACAAGGUGACCAGACAUCAUUCAAAGUGCAGGUGCGCCAGGUGGAGGACUACCCAGUGGACCUGUACUACCUGAUGGACCUGUCUCUGUCCAUGAAGGACGACCUGGACACCAUCAGGAACCUGGGCACCAAGCUGGCCGACGAGAUGAGGAAACUCACCAGCAACUUCAGACUGGGCUUCGGAUCCUUUGUCGACAAGAACAUGUCCCCCUUCUCCUACACGGCCCCCAAGUACCAGGACAACCCCUGCAAUGGGUGAGGACUCAGAAGAGCACUACUGCUACUGCCUUACUGUAGAAUGGUCAUGGGUUUGGGUGUAGGAUUGAGAAUAAAAAUGAAGAGUACAGCUGCAUUUUGGGUCCAUGUUGUGACUUUGGGGUUUUUGCUGUGCAAGUGCAGAUUUCUAUUAUACUAAGAAACUGACACAAAAUGGACACUGUCCUCAUACUGUAGGGUUAGUGUUGCUGAGGUUUGUUGUGGAUGAUGAUGGCAGGCUGAAAUGGACCAGAAUAAAACAUAGAGGUUGAAAAGCAGCCGAUCACACACACCACAUUUCCCCCGGAGGUGAGAUAACGCUGCACUAACUUACUGCCAUCAUCACACAUCACUGCCCAACUAGGUUAUUCCCUGGGUCCUGAAUGUGGACUGUGUGUGUCGCAGUCAAAGAGCCAGUACUGCUGGAAACUAUUAAAGGGGCAGAGGACAGAUCAUGACGUCUGGGCCUCUCGUCCUUAACACAGCCCUGCCCUCCUCCUUGCAAAAACAAGCAAUACAAAUGCCUCAAAUUCAGGAUCUGUGUUUCCUCCAGGAUGAAGGUUGUGUUAGAAUGUCCCGGAGGUCUUCCUCUUUGGGAAACUGUUUUACGUACAUUACGUACACGUCCUCAAUGUAGCCAACAGACCUAGGUUGAAACAGUAUUUCAAAUAGUUUGCCUGAAUGAGCGCCUGUGUAGAUGUGCCAGAUUGCCAGGGUUGGCACAUUUGGGACCAUUUAAUUGGUUCCAUUUGGGCCAGACGAGCUCAAUCGAACACAGAAAAACAAUUCCUGGUCUGUUACAUGCAUAGCAUCCUCUAUGUAGUUAAACAUUUUAAUUAAAACUUUCUCUCUCCACAGAUACAAACUGUUCCCCAGCUGUGUCCCCUCCUUCGGGUUCCGCCACCUCCUCUCCCUGACUGACAAAGUGGAUCGCUUCAACGAGGAGGUGCAGAAACAGAUGGUGUCUCGCAACAGGGACGCUCCAGAGGGAGGCUUCGAUGCCAUCCUGCAGGCUGCCGUCUGUAAGGUGAGCUGAGGCCAUGGUUGGACUAAAGGGACGGGACUGACUGGCAUGUCAACCUAUAACCCUGACCUUAACCCUGACCUAACCCUAACCAGUCAGGACCAGGUCUGCUGUAAGUUAAGUCCUUGUAGUUUUUUUCCUGUGAGCGGUCAGUCAGGCAGACAUGAUGGAUUGAGGUGCUGGUAGUGUUCAUUAGCACACGCAAUGGAAAACUAAUAUUAGCAUUUCUUAUUGGACAAGUCUAGGUAGUUCCUCCCUGUUCCCGGCGAGUUUUUUCCCCCCUGAUAGCCUAAUGAACCCAAGUCACAACCACUAUUAACUCUAAAUGAUUUCGACCAGGGGGUUGAACAGGAAGUGUAGUCUGGUGCAGCUGUUUAAAUAAGGAGAUAACUGACUCGCUAACAGAGAAACAGGCCCAGUCAUAUCCCAGUGUUGGGCUGUUGUCUAAACAGGAGUUAAUUGUUUUUACCGGAAGAGAAUGACUCACUCCCUCCCCUCCCAGCUCUACCAUGUCGUUUGGUGUAGCAGCUUGGAUUGGACAGUUACAAGUUUGGUGGUUGGUCGAUACUUUUUUGAAAUAUUUGUUUCACUUACUGUGACUAAUGAAUAAUUUGCAUUGUUGACCAAUUGAAGAAUAUUCAGCUAUAUGUGCCUCUUUGUUCCCCUGUAAAAACAAACAAACAAGGGGUUCCCUUCAAGGAAUGUCAAUAGCAAAUGGGCGUGGUAAUAUGACUGUCAGUGCCCCACAUGGUGAACUACAACUCCAGCCAAAACACAUUCGAAACAUGGCAUAGCUGAAUAUGACAGGAAUGUAUCUAGCAUGUUAUUAAAAAAGGACUCUGUAUGCCAACUGCCAACACAUCUCUUUCUAUUGUAUACUGUGGCACAUAAUGCACUGGGCUGGGCGUCACAUGGGUGCCUUUAUAUGCCUACACACUGGUGAAAGAUCAGGUCUGUUUAGUGUCAUGCCAUUACUCAGCACUGUGUUGAGACUAAUGCGCUCUGCUUCUGCAAUCUUUUGCUGGCCUCUGCUUCCCGUUGACAAUGGCCUUGUUCUGGAUAAAACACUUGUGUUACUCUCCUUGUUUAUCUGUGGGUCAGUGGUUGUCGAGCUGGUGGAAAGUGAUAGGGUUUCCUUCCUUGUCUUAGUGGAGUGAUAUUGUUUUAUAGGGUCGGGAACUCUUACUCUCUGUAUAGCUGAGAGUUUGUGUUGUUGUGCCAAGGUCUUUUAUAAACUCUUUAUAGAACAGUUAUAUCUCAAAUAAAUUCCAAAAACAAUUUAUCAAUAACUAUCUAGGAUCAGUUGAGGAACCCACCUCUUUUUUGUUAUUAAGCCUGCAUUUUCACAUCUGUUUUGCUCUCAUGGACUGAUCCCGUGUGCAUUUAUACAUAGCCUACUAUAAACUGGAGGGGACUAAUUUAGACCCCAGUUAGGUGUCUCUAAGACUUUCAGUGAAGUGACCAUCUCUCUUCCCCUGUGCAGGAGAGGAUAGGCUGGAGGAAGGAGGCCUUCCACCUGCUGGUGUUUGCCACAGACGAUGUGCCUCACCUGGCCUUGGACGGUAAGCUGGGGGGCCUGGUCCAGCCCCAUGAUGGGGAGUGCCACAUGAAUGAGAAGAACGAGUACAGUGGCUCCACCAAGAUGGUAAGACAGGAGUCAUGGUUACCAUAGAGCUAUAACAUCGCUGACAUCGUUAUAACAUGGUUAACAGUAUGAAAAAGGUAUGCAAGUCGCACUGGAUAAGACCGUCUGCUAAAUGACUAAAAUGUAAAUGUUACCAUAGAGCUAUAACAUCACUGACAUCAUUAUAACAUGGUUACUAAAGAGCUAUAACAUCACUGACAUCAUUAUAACAUGAUUACUAAAGAGCUAUAACAUCACUGACAUCAUCAUAACAUGGUUACCAUAGAGCUAUAACGUCACUGACAUCAUUAUAACAUGGUUACCAUAGAGCUAUAACAUCACUGACAUCAUCAUUAUAACAUGGUUACUAUAGAGCUAUAACAUCACUGACAUCAUUAUAACAUGGUUACCAUAGAGCUAUAACAUCACUGACAUCAUUAUAACAUGGUUACUAUAGAGCUAUAACAUCACUGACAUCAUUAUAACAUGGUUACCAUAGAGCUAUAAUAUCACUGACAUCAUCAUUAUAACAUGGUUACUAUAGAGCUAUAACAUCACUGACAUUAUAACAUGGUUACUAUAGAGCAGGGCUCUCCAACCCUGUUCUUGGAGAGCUACCUACCUGUAGGUUUUCACUCCAACCCUAAUAUAGCGCACCUGAUUCUAAUAAUCAGCAGGUUGAUAAGCGGAAUCAGGUUAGUUACAACUGGGGUUGGAAGGAAAACCUACAGGAGGGUAGCUCUCCAGGAACAGGGUUGGAGAGCCCUGAUAUAGAGCUAUAACACCACUGACAUCAUUAUAACAUGGUUACCAUAGAGCUAUAACGUCACUGACAUCAUAAGAGCAUCUGCUAAAUGACUAAAAUGUCAAAUGUCUUGAGCGAGGACAUAAAGAAAUUAUAAAAGCCGCGCGAAGCUGAUUUUUUUUAUUUAGUACGAUGAGACUGAAUCAUAUAAACAAAUAUAUUUUUAUGCACACAGUUUGAGUUUACAUAGCUAGCGCUAUUUGUCCAAAGAGCUAAUGCAAUGAAAAACAUAAUUAACAUCAUGUGCAUUUCAAUCAAUCAAACUCAAUGAUAUGAAAAUUGGUUAAGUGGAUUAAAGUAUUCUGGUGGUUUCUCCCGGAAUCACUAAAUGUUUCUAUAGUUAUUUGCUCUGUGUCAUUGGAUGCUCUGGGCUUGGUAGUCAUGGUACGUCUCAUCACAUUAAGUUCAGUGGAGGUACUCCAACACAAAUCAAAAUAAUUGGUAGAUCCUCAGCAACAGGCUAAACAGGUUUCUCCUCUCUCAUUUGAUUGUGGGACGAAAGGAAUAUGCACUUCCCAGAACAGAGCUCUGUUUUUAAGGGAAACCGUUGAACUGGAGAAGGUGCAGAGGCAAAUGCUCCUCACGGUCCAUUUCAAGUGUAAAUCUCACUGUUGAUUGAUUUGGAUGUACACAAUGAUAAAGGCUUACUGAUGCCAAAAAUCACAAAUCUGAUUGUGUGAAAGUGAUUGUUUAUCCAAUGCUUACACAUUUUCACUCAGUCAUACCUUGACUAUAGUGACAAUUUGACUUAAGUAGAAGUUAGGAUUCACCAUUUAAUGCACAACUCUAAUGCAGAGCUGUAAAUUAAUAGGUCUAAACCACUUCAGUGUUCUUUGUCCUUUCUGCUGGUGAGAAAGGAAAUGUCUGGGGACUCUAAUGUAAACACUACACUGGAAUCAGGGGCGCAAUGGCUUCUCUUCACUAACCUCCUGACAGGGUGAGAUGGAAGCUAGACUAGUGAGAACUUAAAGAAAUGCCUCUAACAUCAUGCUCCCAUGUUUCUAUCUAUCCAUGUCGCUGUAGGACUACCCCUCUCUGGCUCUACUGGGAGAGAAGCUGGCUGAAAACAACAUCUAUCUCAUCUUUGCUGUGACAAAAAGGCUGUAUGUCAUUUACAAGGUACAUUAUUUUUAUUGAAUUGAAUGUUCAGUAUUGAGAUUAGCUGUGUGUUUGGUGUUUAUGGUGUGUACCGUUUGGUGUGUACAGUUUGGUAAGUAUGGGGGCCUGUAUUGUGUGAAGUCUUGCAAAUAUUUGUUUAUUUAAUAACAUUUCUCCUAUCUUGUGUUUAUGCAGAAUUUUACAGCACUGAUACCUGGAACCACAGUGGAGAUUCUGGAUCAGGACUCCAAGAACAUCAUCCAACUCAUCGUUAACGCCUACAAUGUAAGUAAAGGAGGGUUCUCUUCCAUUUGGAGCACAGAUUGUGUGUGCUUCAGAGGAAAAGAUAGUCUCAGCAGUCCUCUUUUGAAAUGGAUGUUGGUUGACAGUUGGUUGAAAAAACGUUUUGAAACUGAGGGAAAAAGACAGGUCUUCCCUGAACUUGUCUUUUUUGUUUUCCUUUUUGUGCCCUACUGAACAUGACCCUGGUCUCUAGAGGAGAAGAGAAAGUGUUGAAUGUUUAUGCCUUAGCAUUGGAGAUGGAUACCCUUACCCAGCCCCUCUAUUUGCUGUGGGGGUCUGGGUGUUUACUUCUGGCACACGCUACAGCCCUGUGUCUGUAACUCUGCAGGAGUCUAGUACUUUAUGGUCACGGAACAAGAAGCAGGUUUAUGGCCCAAAUCCUGAGACUGAGACCCUCCUGUUACUCCCCAGUCCACCACACAGGAAAUAGAUUCCAUCAUUCCAGUAAUUUCAAGGAAGGAUUCUGGAAGGGCUGAAAAGGGUUCUAGAAGGGCUGGAAAAGGCAUCCACAUUCUUGUGUAUUUUAAACUCAAGAUUUUAAUCCAAGGAGACAACUUGAGGGACAGAAGAGAGACUCAUUGGUUUAGUUUUUCAUAAGGUUGCUAAAUAUUUGUCCUGGCAACAUUACUGAGAUGGUUCUAAUUGAGGUCACUGCUGUGCUGGAAAAACGGCAACAGACUGGUAUGCUAGGAGAUUUGCAUCUUGUCCUCGUUUAGAAUUGUAAUUUAAUUUUCCCUUGGUUAUAUGGAACAAGAAACACCACAUUUAUGGAAAGAUCAAAAAAGAAUAUAAGACCAGAGAUUUAAAUCACCACCAGACUUUAAUUGAUGGGUUAUGCUAAAUCUAUAAUCUUCAUUCUACCAAAGUUAAGCCCGGGCUUCUAAUGAUCUUGAAUUAUAAUUUGCUGUUAGGAUUUGAUUGUCAUAGCAGACACUCUCAUAAUCCAUUGUCAAAGCAUCCAUCAUUCUCACUUGUCUUGUAUUAUUGUGCUGUGGUCUGUUGACUAAAACCUGACUCUAGGUCACCUUUAGGUAGCCACGGUGGUUCCGUUUUGGCCAUAGAAGGGAUCUUAAAGCUACAGUCUGAUUUGAGUGGUUAGGCUACAUUGCCCCUGCCCCAUCUCUCAGCUUACCAAACAAAGUGGCAGUCAGGCUGUUGAAAUGGCAGAUUGUGUCUAUAAUGCGCUGCAGGAAGGCAGUUAUAUAAUUCACUCUUUUGGACUAGUUGAGAGGAAACAACAUUUUAAGGGAUGAAAGAAUGUCUUUCUCCGUGUAUUUAGAAUAUUUUUUAAGCCGGAUAAUUUUCUUGUUUUAGUCAAGUUUUCCUUAAAAACAAUUCCAAUCAAGCUGUGUCGUUUUUUGUCAGUCAAGUGUUUUACUUUCUGUGGUUGAGAGGAACAACUUGUUUUUGCAUAGUUAAGGACACAAGAGUUGAGUCUAGAACUGGUAAUUAUGGCAAACAGUGUUGAGAAUGUCAAAUAUGGAUGACCACCAACGAGCAAAUAUUCAGUACAUCUGUUUCUCUCUUUUCCACCCCAACUGCUAACAGAAACAGAUUGGAUUACAGGCUCUUACUGGUUUCAUUAUAAAAUGCUGAGUGGUGGUGUUUCUGAGUGGAUCCAGUGCCAGGGGUACUGGAAGAAUGUAACACUCAAAUAGUAUAGUAACCACCAGGGAACCUCUGUGCCAGCUCUAAUAUACAGACUUUAACUCUCAUGUGAUCUAUUGAUAGGAGUCUUUGAUCAGACUUGUGUUUGGUUUGGAUAGUUGACCAGUGGACCAUCUGUCUUGUUUUCAAAUAAAUCACACAUUUACUACUUGAUGUUAAGGUCAAAAGUACUUAUUCAUAAGUGUCGCUCUCUCUCGCUCUCUCUCUCUCGCUCUCUCUGUGUCCUCCCUCCAGAACAUCCGGUCCAAGGUGGAACUGACUGUGUGGGAUCAACCUGAAGACCUCAGUCUGUCCUUCACUGCCACCUGUCAGGACGGACAGCCUCUCCCAGGCCUCAGGAAGUGUGCCGACCUCAAGAUCGGAGACACGGUGAGUCUUACAUAGGCCUCCCGGCUUUCCGUGGAUUUGCCCUAUGUGGCCAAGCUGAAAAGUCAAAAUUGGCUGUAUCGUAAAAAUGUAUACUGAACAAAAAUAUAAACGCAACAUGUGAAGUGUUGGUCCCAGUUUUCAUGAGCUGAAAUAAAAGAUCCCCAACAUUUUCCAUACGCACAAAAAGCUUAUUUCUCUCAAAUGUGCACACAUUUGUUUACAUCCCUGUUAGUGAGCAUUUCUCCUUCACCAAGAUAAUCCAUCCACCUGACAGGUGUGGCAUAUCAAGAAGAUGAUUAAACAGCAUGAUCAUUACACAGGUGCACCUUGUGCUGGGGACAAUAAAAGGUUACUCUAAAAUGUGCAGUUUUGUCACACAACACAAUGCCACAGAUGUCUCAAGUUUUAAGGGAGCAUGCAAUUGGCAUGCUGACUGCAGGAAUGUCCAACAGAGUUGUUGCCAGAGAAUUGAAUGUUCAUUUCUCGACCAUAAGCAGUACAUCCAACAAGCCUCACAACUGCAGACCAUAUGUAACCACUCCAGCCCAGGAUCUCCACAUCCGGCUUCUUCACUUGCGGGAUCGUCUGAGAAGGGGGGGAGAGUAUUUCUGUCUGUAAUAAUGCCCUUUUGUGGGGGAAAAACUCAUUCUGAUUGGCUGGGCCUGGCUCCCCAGUGUGUGGAACUGGAUCCCAAGUGGGUGAGCCUAUGCCCUCCCAGGCCCACCCAUGGCUGCGCCCCUGCACAGUCAUGUGAAAUCCAUAGAUUAGGACCUCAUUUAUUUAUUUCAAUUGACUGAUUUCCUUCUAUUAAUUGUAAUUCAGUAAAAUCUUUGAAAUUGUUUCAUAUUGCGUUUAUAUUUUUGUUCAGUAUUUUUGGUCUGAAAGGCUUGUCAAUAACUUUUAUUAGCCACUUGUCUAUCGGACAAUUUUUUUCUUCUCCGAAUGCUCAAGUCACUUGUCCAAAAAUAAAGAAUGUUCUGCAACACCAUGGUCCAAAACGGUGACUGGAAAUUUAGUUUUAUCAUGCAAGGAACUACUUCACAAAAUAACAUUUUCACUGGGAUUGACAAUGGAAGGCAUGCUGGUCUCUGAUCCCAAGUAUUAUAUCUCCUGCCGUUGUGGCCUUGAGCAAGGCACUUAACCCCCCACAAAAUACAAUACUGCACUGAUGGGCUACUAUACAAAACGCAUGUGGUCCAUCAACCCUCCAUCUGGAGAGCUACUGGGUGUGCAGGCUUUUGAUCCAACCCUGCUCAAACACACCCUAGUCAGCCUAUCAAGGGAAAGUUGAGCAACAGAUUAUUUACAAUGUGUUAGAGCAGGGCUGGAGAAAAAGCCUGCACAUCCAGGACUCUCCUGGAGGAGGGUUGGCGAUCCUGCAACAUUACAAUUAUUGUACAACCAAAUACUUUUUAUGUCUUUAUAAAAUAAUUUCCUCAUUCAAUGAACCAGGGAUGAAAUGGCUUCAAGGCAAGGUAGCUAACGUUUAUCUAUUUGUAAGGCUAAAGUGUUUCGUUUUCAGGGGAGAUUACAGAGCGACUUACAGUUAGUGCAUUCAUCUUAAGAUAACUAGGUGGGACAACCACAUAUCACAGUCAUAGUAAGUACACUUUUCCUCAAUAAAGGAGCUAUCAGUAAAGUCAUGUGAGAGGAACUUUUUGGAAGUUGAAGCUUAUUUACUGCAUUUCUACAUAAUUAAACAAUUCUAAAAUGCUAUUUGGAGAACAGCAAACACAAAUGACGAUGAUGUGUAGCCUAACGGGCGCGCAAUGAUGUGCCAAGUGGUGAUUUAGUGCAUUAUUAUAGGGAAAGCAUUUAGAAUAAGCCGGCGCUGAUCCGUUAUCAGUAUUGUGGAAUAAUUUAAAUGUUACGGUAGAAUUUUAAUGGAGAAAGCUGAUCCGAGAGCAGCGCUGCCUUUCUUUCGAUCCUAUCAGUAUCGACACAACGUAUGUUACAUCUUCGGCUGUUGCAGGAAAGAUGCACUGUUAAAACACUCGUAAACCUAAGUUCCAUUGCUAUCGGGAAACCGGGCCCAGGUGGUUAAUUGUGUUCCAACAUGUUCUUGCAUUUUAGAUGGAAUGCAUUCAUUUCUUCCUUUGUUUCAGCGAACAAAACUCUAAGAAAGGUCAGGGGAUGUGGGAUCACUGCACAUCUUAAUCGCUUUGAAUUCUGCACUGUUCAAAUCCUCAGGCUCAAUUAGAGACUUGGACAGGAUCUAUUGAAACUCUUAACGAGGGGCUACUUUGUACACGCCACCACGCAGAGAUCCGACCCUGUGGAAUUGUUCUUCCCAAAGCCCCAGUGUCUCCCUCACUCCCUCACUGAUUCUUGUGUGUCUUAAUUGAAUGUAGUGAUGGGGAGUGGGGGACUGGGGGUGGAGGCUGAAUGAAUAAUGGUAGUGAAUGGGGGGGAAUCCCAUCUCUCUAUGGCCAGUGUGAUGGGUCUAACUCUGUCUUUUGUUCUGCAGCGGGGGAAUUUGCUGCGCAGGCCUCUGAGUGCCAAUCUGUCCUCCUAAAGACAACAUGAAGCAGGCGAAAGCCCAGGCGCUCGUUACCAAUUAAUCUAUCCUCGAUUCCUUGCAUCCUCUCUCCUCGCUUCCUUCUCAAAUUGCAUUGGAGGAGAAGAUCUAGGCUCCCUCCCCUCUGACCUUCUCCUUCAAUGCCUUUUGAGAAGGAGGUGAGGAAAGAGGACAUGAGGAAUCAAGGAAAAACGUAUUGGGAAAGAGUCCCAGGUGUCAGUCACAGGGAAUGUGUCCCAAAUGGCACCCUAUUCCCUAUAUAGUGCACUACUUUUCACCACGGCCCAGAGUGCUCUGGUUAAAAGUAGUGCCGUUUUAUAGGGAAUAUGGUGCCAUUUGGGACAGAACCAGGGUCUCUUGCUGCAGCCUCGCUGCGGGGCCUGAUGCUGCAUGUCAAUGUCCUCCCAACAAGAGUUUGUUGGUGAAACCAGAAGCGAUGCAAGAGCAAAGACCGCAAUGGUAACAGACGUGUGUUAGACCCAGUGUAUGUUGGGAGUAUGUUGUUGAAUGCCACAUUGAAGGAGACAAAUGCACAGUCUAGAGGCAUUUUAAUCGCAUAUCGUAGGACAUUUUCUGCUUUGCUUAGUUUUGGGGUAUUUUAAAUGUGGGUUGUCACAAGAAUACUAUCAUAAUUAUUUCUCCAUGGUAACAAUGAUCUCUCAAAUGUAAAGACAGCCUCUUCAGGGUCAGAAGAAUCAAAUAGAAUUUACCACAGAUAAUUUUGUCUUCAAAUUCAGAGUACUAUCAAAUGUCAUUGUCAAAGUUGAGAGUAGUAUGUCCUGCUGGGCUACCUUUUACAACAAUCUUCUUAAAAUGAGUGUGUUUUGGCAGCCAGCGCAUCACCGCUGUAUCAACUUUUGCUCAUGCACACAAGCACACACACAGCAUCCGCUACACUAAUCUGCUGCUCCCUCUAUUCCAGCCCUCUCUCCCCAUCACAGCAUUGAUGUCCUGUGAUUUGGUUCCCCGCCUUUUUACUCCAGCAGCUUUAUCUUAUAGCUACUAGUUUUCUUAACAAGCCACGUGGUUGAACGAGCUGGGUUCCUCGUGACUCACAUGUCCCCUAAAUCUCAUUACCUCGUUAGGAAGAGGACUAGCUGUAGUGGACGAGGUAGAGGGAUUGGCUGACAGGCCUUAUGUGUUACGCUGUAGUGGACGAGGUAGAGGGACUGGCUGACAGGCCUUAUGUGUUACGCUGUAGUGGACGAGGUAGAGGGAUUGGCUGACAGGCCUUAUGUGUUACGCUGUAGUGGACGAGGUAGAGGGACUGGCUGACAAGCCUUAUGUGUUACGCUGUAGUGGACGAGGUAGAGGGACUGGCUGACAGGCCUUAUGUGUUACGCUGUAGUGGACGAGGUAGAGGGACUGGCUGACAGGCCUUAUGUGUUACGCUGUAGUGGACGAGGUAGAGGGACUGGCUGACAGGCCUUAUGUGUUACGCUGUAGUGGACGAGGUAGAGGACUGCCCAGGAGGAACGUCCCACAAUUCUGCUGUCAUGGUUCUUCAGCCAUGAAUGUUGUGAUGCUGGUGCAUGUGGAAGACAGUCGUUUUGUUGAUUUGUCUUUCUUCCAUGACUCGUGUUUCCUUGGUAGCUUAAGAUAUUGACCACCUAGGUUUGGUUUGGAAAGAUGUUGCAGGGUGAUGAUGUCUUGACUGUUUACUCCUCCACAAAGCCACUCCAACACACAUUGCUUAUUAUCAUGCAGCAGUUUUGUAUUAGUCUUUCCUCCGCCUUCGAAGUGUACAAUAUUGUUCAGUCUUUUAGGAUACACAGAGGCUCUCUCAGCAUGGUCUCUGACCUCUUCAUCACUAAGCCUGUUGAUGUUCGCUUCUCAUUGAACGAGGAAGGCUAACCCCGAGACGUGUCUGUACACUCCUAUGGCAUCUAAUAACAUAGUAGUCUACAGCCAGGUCUCAGGGUUGGAGGAAGGGGAGAAAGAAGAUAUAGCCAAGGAAACCCAGAUGGAGAGAGAUGAGAUCCUGUAUUCUGAGUGACAGAGCUCUGCUCUCUCCCUCUCUCCCCAGAAGACUCAGAUCUGUGCGUUGCGUGUGGAGCUGAUGCCAACAUCAACACAGCCCUAACGUCCGAGUGUUUGGCUUUGGGGCUGCAGUCCAAGGGGCUGUGGGUGUCAGAGUCUUUGCUGGGAGCUGAACUUCAAAGCAGAGAAUGUGGCACCUCCCCCAACCCCUCACAUCCCCACCUCCCACUACCCCUCAGGGCUCCACACGGCCAGAGAGCACACAGGCCUCCUGCAGACAGGUGUGGUGCUUCUUCCCUUAUCUGGAACCACUGGGAUGUGGAAGAGUGGCUCCCAAAGAUGGUGCCGUACUGUAUGGCUACCAUUUUGCAAGCUCCGACCCAACUUUGCUAUUUUGUGAUUAUUUUAUAGUUUAUUUUUACUUUAUUUUCACGAAAUGUAUCCGCUAUUAUUUCUUACAACUGACAAUAAUUUUUGAACAUCAGAUUGGCAGUUGCUUACCCCAAUUCCAGCUUCUACUUCAACUCAUCUGCCCUGGGCUCUCUCUGUAAUUCCGAACCAAUUUUCGGCCUACCCAAGAGGAAACGCCGGCGUUAGAGGCAAGGGGGGAUCCUGGUGAGAUUAAGGCGACGGGAAAACCGGCCACCUCUUCCCUCCAUUCUAGUGGCCAGUGUACAGUCACUCGAUAAUAAGCUGGAUAACCUCUGAUCGCAGAUUUGCUACCAACGGGACUCUCGAAACUGCAAUGUUCUUUGCUUUUCUGAAGCAUGGCGGACAGGACAGUGGAGUCGGGGAAAUCAAGGGUGGGCAGGGGUUUUCCUCUACAUCAACACCAACUGGUGUGCUAACUCCAGCGCGGUGGAAGUGUCGACCCACUGUUUACCCAUCUUGGAAUACCUGAUGGUCAAAUGCCGACUCUUCUACCUCCCGAGGGAGUUUUCAGUUGUUAUCGUGACUGUGUAUACAUUCCACCUCAGGACAAGAAAAAUAACAAGCUGGCACUUAACAAACUGUACAAGGCUAUAAACAAGCAAGAAAACCUACAUCCAGAGGCUGCCUUUCUAGUUGCCGGCAAUUUUAAUUCUGCGUCACUAAGACACGUAAUGCCCAACUUCCAUCAACACGUCUCAAAUGCCACUAGGGGCGAUAAAGUCCUAGACCACUGUUAUUCUACCCACAAGCAAGCAUACAAGACCCUCCCUUGUCCGUCAUUCGGCAAAUCAGAUCAUGACUCCGUACUCCUGCUUCCUAUUUACAAGCAGAAACUCAAACAAGAAGUACCCGUGACUCGCUCCGUUGAGAAAUGGUCACCAGAAUCUGAGAUUAUUCUACAGGACUGCUUUCCCAGCGCUGAUUGGAAUAUGUUUAGAAACUCCGCCGAUAACAUUGAUGAGCAAACCACCUCCGUCACCGGCUUCAUUAGAAAAUGUAUUGGCAACGUUGUCCCCAUGGUGAGGGUUCACUGCUUCCCCAAUCAAAAGCCCUGGAUUAACACAGAGGAUGCCGCAAAAACUAAAGCACAGGGCUACCGCACACAGAGCUAUUGUAUACAACCAUGAGGCUAUGGCUGAGGACAGGAAUAAGUACAAGAAGUCCCGCUAUGACCUCCGCAGAGUAUUCAAACGAGAAGUAUAGGAAUAAGGUGGAAUCAUAUUACACAGGCUCCGCCGCCCGCCGCAUGUGGCAGGGGCUACAGUCCAUUACGGAUUACAAAGGAAGACCCAACCGUAUGCACGCUUUGACAACAACAUCGUGCCAGGUGUGAGGGCCGUCACCGACCUAGAGGAUUGGGUGAUCUCGCUCUCCGAGGCUAACGUGAGAAAGAUCUUUAAUCAGGUCAACACCCGCAAGGCCGCGGGCCCAUGGUAUUCGAGGGGGCGUUCUCAGAGCAUGCGCAGAACAGCUGGCGGGCAUAUUCACUGUCAUUUUCAACCUCUCCUUAUCCCAGUCUGUAAUCCCCACGUUUUAAGAUGACCACCAUCAUUCCUGUCCCCAAGAACUCUAAGGGAUUCAUUCCACAAUGACUACCGCCCUGUAGCACUCACUUCUGUAAUCAUGAAGUGCUUUGAGAGGCUGGUUAUGGCACACACUACCUCCACCAUCCCAGACACCCUAGACCCACUCCAAUUUGCAUACUGCCCCAACAGAUCCAUAGAUGAUGUAAUCUCAAUUGCUCUCCACAUUGCCCUCACCCACCUAGAUAAGAGGAAUACCUAUGUGAGAAUGCUAUUCAUUGGCUACAGCUCAGCGUUCAACACCAUUGUCCCCUCCAAGCUCGUCACCAAGCUUAGGACUCUGGGUCUGAACACCUCCCUCUGCAACUGGAUCCUGGACUUCCUGACAGACCGACCCCAGGUGGUUGAGGUUCGCGCAACAUCACCUCAGCCACGCUGACCCUCAAUACAGGGGCCCCACGGGUGUGUGCUUAGUCCCCUCCUGUACUCCCUGUUCACCACGACUGCAUGGCAAACACUCGACUCCAACACCAUCAAGUUUGCUGAUGACACGGCGGUGGUAUGGCCUGAUCACCGGGGGGGAUCAAGCUAUCACGCUCCCAUUCACAUUGACUGGGCUGUAGAGGAGCAGGUCGGGAGCUUCAAGUUCCUCGGUGUCCAAAUCAAUAAAGACUUAAAAUGGUCCAAACAAACGUGCACAGUCGUGAAGGAUUUAUAGCUAUUUUUGAGGAUUUGAGGACCCAUGCCAAACUUUUUCAACCUGUCGGUUAAAGCAUCACUGCCUGGUAUGGCAAUAGCACCACCCUCGAUCGCAUGGUGUUACAGAGGGUGGUGCAGACAGCCCAGCACAUCACUGGGGCCGAGCUCCCUGCCAUCCAGGACCUCUAUAUCAGGCGGUAUGGUAGGAAGGCCCAGAAAAUCGUUAGACUCCAACCACCCAAGCCAUAGACUGUUCUCUCUGCUUCCGCAAGGCAAGCGGUACCGGUGCAUCAAGUCUGACACCAACAGGCUCUUGAACAGCUUCCAUCCCCAAGCAAUAACAUUGAUAAUGAACUAACUAAAUAGCAACACAGACUAUCUGAGUUAACCUAGUAUCUUUAUUUACCUUUUAUUUGUAUUUCUGCACUGUCUAUGCACACUCACAGGGCCCUGCACACUCACAGGGCCCUGCACACUCACAGGGCCCUGCACACUCACAGGGCCCUACACACUCACAGGACCCUGCACACUCACAGGGCCCUACACACUCACAGGGCCCUGCACACUCACAGGGCCCUACACACUCACAGGGCCCUGCACACUCACAGGGCCCUGCACACUCACAGGGCUCUGCACACUCACAGGGCCCUACACACUCACAGGGCCCUGCACACUCACAGGGCUCUGCACACUCACAGGGCCCUGCACACUCACACCAUCAUCUGCUCACUCACACAUAAUAUGCACAUACAUUUAUACUGACUCUACACACACACACUCACAUACAAGCUGCUGCUACUCUGUUUAUCUUAUAUCCUGUUGCCCACUCACCUUACCCCUAUACAUAUCCUACUCCAGUAUUCCUGCACAUUGUAAAUAUGGUAUUGGAACAUGACCCUGUGUAUAGUAUGCUUACUUACUUAUUGUGUUCUUCACAUUUCUUCUUUCUUCUUUUUUAAUUUUUGUUAUUGAUUUUUUGCGUUGUUGGGUUUUGAGUUUGCAAGAAAGGCAUUUCACUGUACUUGCGCAUGUGAAAUUAAAACUUGAAACGUAUAAUAAUAAUAAUAAUAUAUGCCAUUUAGCAGACGCUUUCAUCCAAAGCGACUUACAGUCAUGUGUGCAUACAUUUUUGUGUAUGGGUGGUCCCGGGGAUCGAACCCACUACCCUGGCGUUACAAGCGCCGUGCUCUACCAGCUGAGCUACAGAGGACCACAACUUGAGUGAACCUUAUCAGGCAAGUCUUUGGACUUCCUCUAGUGCUGCAUACUUUACUCUCAUAUUGUUGGUCAUAUUGUUGGCCAUAUUGUUGGCCAUAUUGUUGGUCAUAUUGUUGGUCAUAUUGUUGGUCAUAUUGUUGGCCAUAUUGUUGGUCAUAUUGUGUAGAUUAGCUUUCCUCCUUGCUGAACUUUUGUGAUUAAAGGUACCAUACUUAUCCAGAGCUAUGUUAUUGAAGUCGAUGCUUAUGUUUUCUUUGUUCAGAAUUUCUCAGUUUUUUAUUUAUUUUAAUUUUGUUUCAUGGAAGGUGAUUAUGAAACUGAUAUGUAUACUGUAGUUUUGUAGAUUUAUGGUAACAUCAGUUUAACUGGGGGAAUUUACGCCAGUAUCCCAUCUAAAUGCAGUGAAAUCACAAAGAAUAACAUUCUGCCUCAUCCACGACAGGCAGUGUGGGGAUGGUUGCUGUGCAGUUUAGAUACACACACACACACACACACACACACACACACACACACACACACACACACACACACAACUGCAGUGGCAGUUGAGCUACAGAGAGACUAACACUGCACAGUUCAUGUUGAGACAGGCCAUGCUAAAGCGAGGGUGGCGUUUCUCUCUUGUUCAGACUUCCUUCCUCAGAGCAAUCAAAUGGGUGGAGGUCCUGUCCUGUCUGUGUCAUCUGCUUCAAUUGGAUGAUUAAUCAACUGACUCAGCCACAUCAACUGUCCUCUGAACUCUAUCCGCCCUCUCUUUCUCUCUUCUCUGAACUCUAUCCGCCUGAACUCUUAUCUCUUUAUCUCUCUCUUCCCCGCUCUCUCUCUGAACUCUCUGUCUCGGUGUGUGUCUCUGUCUCGUUGUGUGUCUCUGUCUCGGUGUGUGUCUGAGUUAAUUAAGUCCACAUGUAUAAACACAGCUUGUAGGUCAUGUGUAGUACACAGUCCUGUCCCAGCCAAGCCUAAUGAGAGCAGAAUAGGUUCUGUGUCAUAUGGAGGAAGAUUGUGUAAAUCUAAUGGUUCCAGGUCAUGGAGGCCAUUUAAAAAUCCACUUAUGACUAAUAGUCACUAUGACAUUGGUUUUUAUAAAGCCCAACUCCUUGAUUGAGAAAUGUUCUCAAAUUGUGGCAACUUGUUUUUCUCUAGUCCAGUCCAUAUACUGACCCUGUUGUACUAUUCUUCUUUCUUCCAGGUGUCCUUCAAUGUGAGUGUAGACGCCAGAGGCUGCCCCACUCCAGGUACCCAGCAGAGCUUCACCAUCAAGCCCGUGGGCUUCAAGGAUCGUCUGGAGGUGUCUGUGGACUACCGCUGUGACUGUGGCUGCACCAACCAGACCCAGGCUAACAGUACCCACUGCAGCUCCAUCGGACAGUACACCUGUGGUAUCUGCCGCUGUGACUCGGGCUACCUGGGUGCCCGCUGUGAGUGCCAGGAGGGCGAGGCUGGCAGCAUGUACCUGACUGCCUGCAGGGAGGCGGAGGGGAAGCAGAUCUGUGGUGGGAGAGGGGAGUGCAGCUGUAACCAGUGCCUCUGCUACGAGUCAGAGUUCGGGAAAAUCUACGGGACCUUCUGCGAGUGUGACGACUUCUCCUGCGCCCGACACAAAGGCAUCCUCUGCUCGGGUAUGUGUGCAUGUGUACAAAGGAAAUUAGUAUCCUGACAAACAGUAGUGCUUCAUUUAAUUUCUAUGUUCUGUAAAAAAAAACAAAAAAAAACAGUAGUGCUUCAUGCAGUACUUGAUAUACAGUGAGGGGAAAAAAGUAUUUGAUCCCCUGCUGAUUUUGUACGUUUGCCCACUGAGAAAGAAAUGAUCAGUCUAUAAUUUUAAUGGUAGGUUUAUUUGAACAGUGAGAGACAGAAUAACAACAAAAAAAUCCAGAAAAACGCAUGUCAAAAAUGUUAUAAAUGUAUUUGCAUUUUAAUGAGGUAAAUAAGUAUUUGACCCCCUCUCAAUCAGAAAGAUUUCUGGCUCCCAGGUGUCUUUUAUACAGGUAACGAGCUGAGAUUAGGAGCACACUCUUAAAGGGAGUGCUCCUAAUCUCAGUUUGUUACCUGUAUAAAAGACACCUGUCCACAGAAGCAAUCAAUCAAUCAGAUUCCAAACUCUCCACCACGGCCAAGACCAAAGAGCUCUCCAAGGAUGUAAGGGAAAAGAUUGUAGACCUACACAAGGCUGGAAUGGGCUACAAGACCAUCGCCAAGCAGCUUGGUGAGAAAGUGACAACAGUUGGUGCGAUUAUUCGCAAAUGGAAGAAACACAAAAGAACUGUCAAUCUCCCUCGGCCUGGGUCUCCAUGCAAGAUCUCACCUCGUGGAGUUGUAAGGAUCAUGAGAACGGUGAGGAAUCAGCCCAGAACUACACGGGAGGAUCUUGUCAAUGAUCUCAAGGCAGCUGGGACCAUAGUCACCAAGAAAACAAUUGGUAACACACUACGCCGUGAAGGACUGAAAUCCUGCAGCGCCCGCAAGGUUCCCCUGCUCAAGAAAGCACAUAUACAGGGCCGUCUGAAGUUUGCCAAUGAACAUCUGAAUGAUUCAGAGGAGAACUGGGUGAAAGUGUUGUGGUCAGAUGAGACCAAAAUCGAGCUCUUUGGCAUCAACUCAACUCGCCGUGUUUGGAGGAGGAGGAAUGCUGCCUAUGACCCCAAGAACACCAUCCCCACCGUCAAACAUGGAGGUGGAAACAUUAUGCUUUGGGGGUGUUUUUCUGCUAAGGGGACAAGACAACUUCACCGCAUCAACCACAAACACAUGGCCAAGGCAACAAAGGAGUGGCUCAAGAAGAAGCACAUUAAGGUCCUGGAGUGGCCUAGCCAGUCUCCAGACCUUAAUCCCAUAGAAAAUCUGUGGAGGGAGCUGAAGGUUCGAGUUGCCAAAUGUCAGCCUCAAAACCUUAAUGACUUGGAGAAGAUCUGCAAAGAGGAGUGGGACAAAAUCCCUCCUGAGAUGUGUGCAAACCUGGUGGCCAACUUCAAGAAACGUCUGACCUCUGUGAUUGCCAACAAGGGUUUUGCCACCAAGUACUAAGUCAUGUUUUGCAGAGGGGUCAAAUACUUAUUUCCCUCAUUAAAAUGCAAAUCAAUUUAUAACAUUUUUGACAUGCGUUUUUCUGGAUUUUUUUGUUGUUAUUCUGUCUCUCACUGUUCAAAUAAACCUACCAUUAAAAUUAUAGACUGAUCAUUUCUUUGUCAGUGGGCAAACGUACAAAAUCAGCAGGGGAUCAAAUACUUUUUUCCCUCACUGUAUGUGCAGAAAGAAACCCUCAACAAACCUCCCAAGAGACUUACAUGUGUGGUUAUUCAGGGUGUGGCUAAGUUGGCUUGUGCUUUCAUGUUGAUGCAAGGUUCAUGUUUUACUAUCUUAUCUUUCUCUGACCUGUGUUCUCUUGGCUUUAACACUGAGUGCUCUAGAACUCAGGAGAGUUGUGGUGGGUGUGUGCAGGAUUCAGGAAUACAUUUCUAGUAUCAGAACCAGAGCUGAAAUAUCCAUUCUGUGUUCCAUUCUUAACAGAACUACACUGCUCCAACCACCAACAUUCCCCUGAUCUUUCUUUCAUUAUUUUUCUUCCCCAGAGCAUUAAUGUACGCUUUUGAUUUAAAGAUGCAUGCGCUGAUGUCAACCACAAAUGAUGUCACAUUUUCUCCAUGUUGAGGGUCUUGCUUGAAGCCCAUGCCCUAGAUGUCUAUAAUGCUGGUCAGCAGGCAGGGUUGCUAGCUGGCCAUAUAACUAACUGAGUGACAUACGAAACAGGCUGUCCUAUUAGAUUCCCAGAACAUCAGGUCCAGUCCAAGCAGCAUCUGUGCAUUUUGAGUCGAGACCUGCUGGAUGUUGGCCCAGGCCCCCUUGCUCAUCCCCAAGCUAACAGCUGUUCCACCAAACCACAGAGAGCGCUUUGUAACAGAGGCCUCGCUCAGUGCUUUGUGUAUUCCCAAAUACUGUGUGGGUUAUACCCAGUUAAAGAGCCUUGUUUCAUUUAUUCAGCAGAGCCGAGGCGAAUACAAAAUGGCCAUUUGUUGUUUUCUGUCGGACCAUAAGCAGGCCCUUGGGGUAGCAUGUUAACUGGGAUGGGAGGGGGGGGGAGUAAUUAAAUAUUAACAGUCCAGUACGCUCUGUCGCUCUCUCACACACACACACACUCACACACAUACACACACCUCUCCUUUCGGUGCAUGGUUCUCAUUCUAUAAUGAGUUCCUAAUGAUUCAGAAUGAUAGUCCUCUCCCACACUUCUCUGGCAUGGCUACUGAAUCACAGAGUAUAAACACUAAACAGUGUUGUAAAAACAUUCUGUGUACCAGCACUGGUCUCCUAAACACACAGAUGGUUAUGGGAAGGUUAUGCCUGCUCUGUACUGAGUCCCAUUCCCCUCCAGUUAAAUGCCUUUAAACAGCAUUGUGCACAGUUUAGAUCUGUUACGCCGUGCUGAUAAGAGCUAAUUUUCUAAGAUGUGUUGUUUUGGGAAGAGCAAGCUGGUUUGGAUUGAACUGUAGUAGGAUCCAGACUGAUGAACUGCUGAAAGGCAUUGGGCUUUAAUUAAGAGGAAAUACAUUGGCACGGUGUUCUGGAUGGGUUCUCUAUUCUAGCUCAAAGCAUUUAAAAUCUGCCAGCCUUUUCAUCAAAGCAGCGAGGUUUGUAAGUCAUCUGGAAGUGAAUGUUGUUGUUUUUGAUACAAUACUGCACCACCAUAUCAGUAGAACGGAGCAGUAGGUAUCAGCCUGUAGAUCUGACACCCCUAUUUGGGCAGAACUCUCCCAUGUCGGUAUUGAACAUUAAAUAGGUACUAGUAGUAUUGAUGAAUGAGUGUUCGCAGGUGAGACUGAGGCUUUUUCUCAAAUAUCUGAAAAUCUGCCCUCCAGUUCUUUUGAGAUGAGUGUAAUAAAGGAGAGGACAGAUGUUUUUGACCAUUGAGAAAGGGUGAAUGACACCAGCAUACUUGACCUCCUCUGGGUCUAGACCUACAGGAGGACUUACUGGAGGCUGUGGGGGUCAGGGGUUAGAGAGCAGACCCACAGUAGGCUGUGGGGGUCAGGGGUUAGAGAGCAGACCCACAGGUGGCUGUAGGGGUCAGGGGUUAGAGAGCAGACCCACAGUAUGCUGUGGGGGUCAGGGGUUAGAGAGCAGACCCACAGUAGGCUGUAGGGGUCAGGGGUUAGAGGGCAGACCCACAGUAUGCUGUGGGGGUCAGGGGUUAGAGGGCAGACCCACAGUAUGCUGUAGGGGUCAGGGGUUAGAGAGCAGACCCACAGUAGGCUGUAGGGGUCAGGGGUUAGAGAGCAGACCUACAGUAUGCUGUGGGGGUCAGGGGUUAGAGAGCAGACCCACAGUAGGCUGUAGGGGUCAGGGGUUAGAGAGCAGACCUACAGUAGGCUGUGGGGGUCAGGGGUUAGAGAGCAGACCCACAGUAGGCUGUAGGGGUCAGGGGUUAGAGAGCAGACCCACAGUAGGCUGUGGGGGUCAGGGGUUAGAGAGCAGACCUACAGUAUGCUGUAGGGGUCAGGGGUUAGAGAGCAGACCCACAGUAGGCUGUAGGGGUCAGGGGUUAGAGAGCAGACCUACAGUAGGCUGUAGGGGUCAGGGGUUAGAGAGCAGACUUACAGGUGGCCGAGGGGAUCGGCUUAGCCUAGAGACCAGUGUAGCAGCCAGGACUACAUGAGGCAGGGGAAGCAGCUCCUCCUCUCUGUGGCCUUGUCCAUCUUCCCUCUCCUUGACUCUACCCUCCUUCCCUCCCUCCGUUCGAUGUGAUUACUGUGUCACUUGGUCAAAAGGCAUGCCAGGACCAGGCCGGGACUCCUUCCUGCAAGGUGAUUGAUUCCUGCUUACUCCAUAAAAGACAGCUGUGCAGAGAGACAGGAGUGGGCCCAGCUCUGCGGUUGUACCGUAGUAGUAACCUUUUUUUUAAACCAGAAAUGUUUUACUGCAAUUUUAAAUACAAAGAUACUUGACUUUGCCAACCUGUAUCAUCCUCUCUUUGAAUGAAACCCUGGUCUUACCUUCCGCUGCUUCCAGUGUCUCGGCAUUACGGGACUUUGCAUGAAUGGAAGAGUUGAGUUGGUAGGGGUGAUUCGGGUGGGGUGUGUGGAGAUGUUUAUACACAAGGUUCCACCUUACCCUCUGAUAGGAUAGAGGGAAUUUUCAUAAUAUUUAUGUACGGAACUAAUGGUAAGUUCCUAGAGGGUAUGGGGCUAGGGGUUGGACAGGGUUGGCCUUGUGAUACUGAGCACACAUUGAAAUAACCUCUUAUGACUGUGCAAGGACAGCCCUGUUCUUUGUGACUUUGUGAGUCUUGGUAGAAAUGGGGUCAGGUCAGGGGCAUUCAUCUGCCUCUAAGUUAGUAGGUCUGACAGGAGCAACGAUGGGGCCAGUACCCUCUUAUGGGGGCCACACUGUGGUGUGUUUGUGUGUGUUGGGUCGGCUGAUCUGUGCUCUUGAGACUAACGGUCUAUGUAUUUCUCUGUAUUCUCAUGCAAUCUUACCUUGGUGUCUUCUGAGGCCUGUGCUGAGUCUGUCAGGAUAAUGAAGUGUAGACAGAUGGGUACUGUAUGGAUAGAAUUAGUCUCUGUACUGUAUCACUUACAGUAAAGUAUGAAAUGGUGAUUACCAAGUGUGUGUGUGUGUGUGUGUGUGUGUGUGUGUGUGUGUGUGUGUGUGUGUGUGUGAAAGAGAGGGCGAGCGAGAGUUAA